AUGACGACGCUGGAGGAGCGGAUUGUCAACUCGGGGGUCGAGGGGACCUACGUCACCUCGUUGGAGCAGGAGCUAGAGCAGCGGCGUGCGCUGCGUCGGGAGCAGGCCGCACGAGCCGAGGCCCAAGCUGAAGCGGAUGACGACAUGGAGCAAGGCCUCGGCGAUGGUGCAGCCGCCGCGUUGCCAGUUGAGACGACCAAGCCAACGGCAUCGAGGCCAGCACUCGGCUCGCAUGCCGGGCCGAUGGCCCCGACACCUCUGACCAUGCCGGUGACAAUGACGCCUGCUUCAUUCCAACCCUCAAAUGGUGGUCCCAUCCCGGCCGAGGCCGACGCCACCACGGCCUUGUAA